AUGCCCGACACAUGUGGAAUAUUCAGAUUUGACAAAGCCUUAGCUCAGCAAGGCGAGCAACAUCAAGCCUCGACCAUGAUAGCGAAGUGUUACACGGCUAACGCCAUAGGCAAGCCCAUGGCCAUUGUUAGCCAAGCUUCAGACGUUCCUGUUUUCAAGCGUUAG